CUUCCCCCAACUUCCUCCUCCUCCUCCUCCUCCCUCCCCCUUCUCGAUCUCUCUCGCCCUCUCUCGAUAAUUCUCGACCAUUCCCUCUCCCUUCGAUCCUUCUCACCAUUAUCCUCCUCCUCGUCUUACUCGUAGGGGGACUCGUAUCCCCUCCAUCCGAGGCUAGGAGACUCCUCUCCUCUCUCUUGUCGAGGACGAAUCGAAGGCAACAAGGAUGUCAACUCCUGCAAGGAAGAGGCUGAUGAGGGAUUUUAAGCGGUUGCAGCAGGACCCUCCUGCAGGUAUCAGUGGUGCUCCUCAGGACAAUAACAUCAUGCUGUGGAAUGCUGUUAUUUUUGGACCUGAUGAUACACCUUGGGAUGGAGGUACGUUCAAAUUGACACUUCAGUUUACAGAGGAUUAUCCAAAUAAGCCACCAACUGUGCGUUUUGUUUCUCGAAUGUUCCAUCCUAACAUUUAUGCAGAUGGAAGCAUAUGUUUAGAUAUCCUACAGAAUCAGUGGAGCCCAAUAUAUGAUGUAGCUGCAAUCCUUACAUCUAUCCAGUCAUUGCUUUGUGAUCCAAAUCCCAAUUCCCCUGCAAACUCAGAAGCGGCCCGGAUGUUUAGCGAGAACAAGCGAGAGUACAAUAGGAAAGUGCGGGAGGUCGUGGAGCAGAGCUGGACUGCAGACUGAUGCACAAUGCAUCCGACAAUUCCAACAUUAGCUCAGUUGGGUACUCUUUGUACUUGAAAAACCGAUGAACUUUAUGUGACUGUAUCUCUACUACAUGUCUUAACCUGCGUAUAUGCAUGUAUGUCAAACAUGAACAGAAGUUGUUUGCUAUUUCUUGCUUUAAUAGAUUGUUUGUCUAUUGUUUUCCUC